UUGAUUAGACAUAACCUGUGUCAAGGUAACUUAAAAAAAACCCAACCAAAAUGGCACAAUCCGCUUCGAAGUCCUGCGAUAUCUGUAUGAGCGGACCAGGACAUAACUAUUGUGAACAAUGCGAUCAAUGAAUGUGUGGAAAUUGUAAAACUUUACAUUUAAGGUCAAAAAUAAGUAUAAAUCAUACUUUUCUUAGUGGGCAAAAUAUAAACCCGGAAGAAAAACUGUUAUGCAAAGAACACACCGAAAACUUCAUAUUUUACUGCAUUGAUUGUGCUAUACCAAUAUGUAAAAUGUGUAUUGUAAAAAAGCACAAAAAGCAUGAAACGUCUGAAAUCAACGAAUCGACACAGGAAUUACAGGCUGAAGUGGAAAGGGCAAUUAACUCGAAGAUUAAAUCCGUCAAAACAAAUCUAGCCAAAAUUGAACAAGGCACUGGAAAGUACCAGAGCGACGUAAAAGAAGCUAUUCGUGUUAUUACAGAAGAUGGAAAACAGAUGAAGCAGUGGAUUGACAAAAAAGUUCAAGCCCUCAUUACAUCAUUGGAAGAAAAAGAGACAGCUAACGUGAAGGUCUUUCAAUCAAUAAGAACUGGGUUUCAAAAUGAUUUAGAGAAGUUCCAGAAAUGUCAAACUGCCUUUACCGAGAGCCAGAAAGUUACCGAUGCUACUAAACUUCUGACACGAUUAAAACAUAUUAAAUCCGAGUUAGAUGUUGGCGAUGAAAAGCAGCCACCGGUCAUGCCGACUAUGAAAUAUAACAAAAAGAAUGUAUCAGAGCGAGAAAUAUUCAAUCUAUUUGGAGUCAUAUCGUUCCAAGAAAUGGUUUACAGUGUAGAGCAGACGCCAAAGAAGGAUACCAGAAAACCGUCAACAAAGACAUUGUACAGAUACGUAUGCGAGUAUUGUGGGGGAGAAAAACUUUCUGAAAAAAAAGCUAAAGAGUGAGUAUACAUGUAUAAUAUUUUAUAAGAAUAAUAUGUAAAACCUUUUAAUUCAGUUAAAAACAUUAAAUUGACUUUACAACCUGCAAUUCCAUUUAAAACAUUAGCUUCUGUAAACGUGCAUACAUUUUUUUA